CCUCGUGGCCAAUGGGAAACUUCUAGGGGGUAUUUGGACCCCAGAAGAUUCUGUAUCGGGGCCCUUGAGUGGCUGCUCAGGCCUGCUCCCACCCUGUGGAGUGAACUUUCAUUUUCCAUAAAUCUCUGCUUUUGUUGCUUCAUUGUUUACUUGCGAGUUUUCUCCAAUUCUUUGUUCAAAACGCCAACAAACUGAACAGCCUCCGCUGGUAAAAAUAGCUCACUACAGUCUCCAACGCUUAGGUUCAAGCGAUUUUCCCGCUUCAGCUAGGUGAGUAGCUUAGACUUCAGGUGGGUGCCACCACGUCCCGCUAUUUUUGUUUUUUAUUUUUUUAGAGAUGGGGGUCUUGCUGUGUUGCUCAGGCUGGUCUCAAACUCCUGGGCUAAAGCGAUCCUCCCGCCUCAGCCUCCUGGAGUAGCUAGGAUUACAGGCACGCACCACCGGGGCCAGCAUCAUCCCGAGGAACUAUUCUCUUUUUUAAGGUACAGGGUCUGUCUUUUUCUCCCAGGCUGGAGUGCAGUGGCAGGAUUGUAGUGUGGCGACCAUAGAUCACUGUAACCCACAGCCUUCAUCGUCCUGAGGUACACUUCUUGAAGAGAGAAACAUAGAGCUCCCAAUCUACCCUGCCUCUUUUUUAUUUGACAUUUAUCAGUAGGGAGCAAGAGGUCUGAAAGAUAAUUCUGGACAAAGAGUAGGAAAGGGAAAGCAGGAGGAGGACGAGGAGGGUGGGUAAGAGAAGGUGAUGACGAGCAAGGGAAGGCGGGAACUAAGCCAAGUCCACAGCGCCCGCCCAGCACACGAAACACUCAUGCUUCUGCAGAGGGCCUGCAACCCGAGGCUCUGGAGCAGAAUAUAGCUUAGCAGACAUUUCAUGCUCCGCAGUCGCGUCUAGAGCCAAAGGAACAUCCACUUGCAGUGUAACCCUUCUUAGAUGCACUAAACACCGAACAGGGUUCUACGCUUGUACUCUGAGGUGGAGUAAUUAGAGUGUUAGCAAGGGGCGUGUUAGGUCUCUUGCAGCUUGCAUUUGAGCAUCCGGAGGACUCUGCCAAACCCAGACCCAAACUCAGGGUUCCCCAGACCCCCUUGGAGAGCGUUGCGUGCUCAAUUUUCUGGACGUUGCUGCAAAAACCUAGCAUUCAGCCUCCGACCUCAUCAUUUCAUCUUAAUUACGGUCCGAUUCGAGGACUUUGAGUCCGAACGGAACACAACCAGCGAGUCUCAUGCAUUAGUCACCAACUAGCCAGAGGGCAGCGUGGUGCCAGGAGCCCACGCCGCAAGGUGCAGUGCCUUCAGCUUGCAGCGCCUUCGCCCUGGAGAAGCAUUCUGCAAGCCCGCGUGCCUGGAGGGCUGGACAGAGACAUGUUCUGUUAACUUUCUCUAUUGGUUCUAGCUCCUCCGCCCCUUCCCCUGCCCCAGAUCUGUUGGCGCCAGGCAGCUUGGCCCCUUCCUCCUGGCAGUCACUCCACCCGGGUUGGGAGUGGUCAACCAAGCCGCAAACUGGAGCGCGGGUUCCCUGCACGCCCGACCCCUCCCCGCGCCCUGACCAGGAGCUCGCCCCUGACUUUACCGCCACCUUCCUGCCGCGAGCGCAUGCCAGCAGGACCUUCCGUCCGCCACACACACACACACACCACCAGCGGAGGUGACCAGGGCAGCAGCCGGCUCCCCGCCACGUGCAGGCGUUGGACCCGAAGUCCACGCGCCGGAACUCGGACCGGGAGCCAGAGGACCCCAGCGCAGAAUCCGCGGAGGCGCACGGCUUCAUCCACCGCGCUCUCAGAUCGCGUCCCAGCCCAGAUCCAGCCACGAAGACACCGGCUACCUCUGCCUGGGCUUCGUGUUCCAUGAGCUCCAGGAAAGCGACGGUCAGUGCCUGGCUGGGGACCCGGACCGGUGAUUUGUUCAACUCUAGGAAGGGAACUUUCCCGGAGAGAGGCGCGUGGACGGGAAGCUGCUGUGCUACCUCUCUCAGGCCGCGAGUCUAGGCUGCCCUGUGCCUCUCUCUCUCUCUCUCUCUCUCUCUCCUUCCCUCCCUCCCUCCCUCUCUUUCCCUCUCCUCCUUUCCAGAUGCGAAGGCUAUAGGGACUUCGGUGAUUGAAGUGGGAGGAGAGGAUAAGAAGAAGAGUCCAAACCCGAGCAGGGAGCAGAAGCAGAAGAAUGUCACGUCUGUGCGGGAGCUGCGGACCCCAUGUUGGACGAGAACCAGAAGGGCGGCGGUGGAGACCAGGAGCCCUGGCAGCAGCAGCCUGAGGAGUCUGCCCAGGACUCUUCCUCCUCGGAGCUGCAGCCCGAAGAUCAGCAGCAUCUCUUCUUCCCCAGUACAUUCAGUGGAUUGCGCCUGAAGGAGCUAGACAGCAUUUUCCGACGCUCUCAGUAUCCCGACGUGUUUGCUAGAAAGGAGCUUACAAUAUGCAUGGAUGUAAGUGAAGCCGAAGUGGAAGCCAGUAAGCCUGAUGAAAGCAAUUGGUCAGAGUAGUCACUCUGAAACCUGCUUCAGUCCUUUGAUACCUUUGUCCUACACAUUCUCAAGUUGGCCUAUUUUUGUUGCCUUUUCUAUGUUUGCAAAGUGAGUUCUGAACUUUAGAGGGUGAAAAAUGGGAUAAGGAAACCCCAGCUUAUGGAAAUUACCCAUUACCAGAGGGAAUAUGCUUUCUAAUGGAAAAAUAAAACUAUACAUACCAAACUGCUACUUCUAUUUCCUGUAUAAAAUUAAGAAUAAACAAAGUUCAAUUCCUUCUAA